AUUAAAAAAUCUCAACCUUUCCUAACUUUGGGAGUACCUAUCGCUGCAGCCAUGGCAAAUUAAACACAACAGGUGCGAACCGGGCGGGGCGGGGCGGGGACAAAACGCACACACCCCUCGAAACAAAAUUGUGUGUGAGAGAGAGAGAGAAAGAGAGAGAAACAAUCAAUACAGCGACGACAGCAACAACGAAAACAAGAUAUAGCCCAUAACCACACCCCACUUCAAACCCCUCUCUCUGGCUCCUCCCCCGCCCAGCAGGAUCAAUUGAUAGUCAAUCUCUUAAGGUGGUGGUUUACUUGGCUUUUGUAUUGCGAAUAUGAGUUUUGCUGGCUCUUCUGUUGCUGCUGGUGGUAGAGCUGCCAAAAAGGCAAUCGAGUUUGGUAAAACCUACGUAGUGAGGCCGAAGGGAAAACACCAAGCUACCGUUGUCUGGCUUCAUGGUCUUGGUGACAAUGGCUCAAGCUGGUCGCAACUAUUGGAGACGCUUCCUUUACCAAAUAUUAAAUGGAUAUGUCCGACUGCGCCUACUCGACCAAUAGCUUUAUUUGGUGGCUUUCCAUCCACUGCAUGGUUUGAUGUGGAAGAUCUUUCAGAAGAUGGUCCAGAUGAUUUGGAGGGUUUGGAUGCUUCAGCCGCACAUGUUGCAUAUUUGUUAUCAACAGAGCCAGCUGACAUUAAGCUUGGUGUAGGAGGGUUCAGUAUGGGCGCAGCUACUGCGCUUUACUCCGCAACCUGCCACGCGGUGGGAAAAUACGGGAAUGGAAAUCCUUAUCCAGCCAAUCUGAGUGCAGUUGUUGGGCUUAGUGGCUGGCUUCCAUGUUCAAAGACUUUGAAAACCAAUAUGGAACAGAAGAACGCCGGUAAUAGUGGAGCAGGAUCCUUGCCUAUUUUGCUAUGCCAUGGAAAAGUUGAUGAUGUGGUUCUUUAUAAAUUUGGAGAGAAAUCUUCAGAGGCAUUACGUUCAAGCGGAUUUAAAGAUGUUACAUUCAAAUCCUACAACAGCCUUGGCCACUACACAGUGCCUGAAGAGAUGGAUGAGGUCUGUGCUUGGUUAACUUCAAAGUUGGGGCUAUAGAGUGAGGGGAGGAGGCUCUUCAAAUUGCAGAAUUUUUAACCUUGCUGUUUAGACAUUCUUUGACCUAUAGUUGAUUGGGAACAAAUUUGGUGUGAUAUUAUUAUUCCUUUUAGACCUUAUAUUGGAUAUGGUUUUUACACCAAGAUUGAAUCCUUUUGGUGAACUGCAGAGAUACCCUGACAUGCAAUUGGGAUGACCCAAUCAUACACUUGAUUGUUACUAUUUAUAAUAUCAUUCCCUCUAUGUUUUUGCUUGAUG